UUUCUUUCUUUCUUUCGUUCCUUUCGUCUUUAUUUUUCUUUUAAUGUUGCCAUUUGAUUAUUAGCGGACUCGAUUGAAGAUGAUGGAGUACAUGGAGGAUAAGUUUGCCUUGAAAGGUCAAGCGCUGAAGGCCAGCGACUACUACAUGGACCAGGUCAUGGAGAGUCUGGACAGCGCGCAGUACUUCGCCAAGUCCUCCCCGAAAUGCGCGCAGGCCUUCGGGCUGCAGAGCAGCGAACAUCGCUCCUCGCCCUGCGGAGACCAGAACGGCUCGUACGCGGUGCCAAAAACAGACGACGACCCUCUGCACUCGGACCUCGGCAGGUCGAUGGACGGCUGCUGCACUCUGCGCGCGUCCCCGGUGACCAGCCCACAAGACAAGACGGACCUGGACGACAUGGGGGACAAGUGCGACAGCAACGUGUCCAGCAGCAAGAAGAGGAGACACCGGACAACGUUCACCAGCGCGCAGCUGGAAGAGCUGGAGAAGGUGUUCCAGAAGACGCACUAUCCGGACGUGUAUGUGCGGGAGCAGCUGGCCAUGAGGACGGAGCUAACCGAGGCCAGAGUGCAGGUGUGGUUCCAGAACAGAAGAGCCAAGUGGAGGAAGAGGGAGCGCUACGGCCAGAUCCAACAAGCCAAAAGUCACUUUGCAGCCACCUAUGAUUUAUCAGUGUUACCGAGGAGCGACAGCUACACACAGAUCUCCAACAACCUGUGGCCGAGCCCAGCUUCCGGCGGCUCCGUGGUCUCUUCCUGUGUUCUGCCCCGAGGAUCCCCGCCCUGCGUCACUUCCUACCCGCACUCCCCGCGCUCCGCCGCCGGCGCCGCCGACCACGGCUACAUGGGCUUCCCCAAUCAACAGAACCAGUUCGGCCACGUCUCCCUCAACAACUUCUUCAGCGCAGACUCCCUGCUCACACCGGCCCCCAACGGCCACCACGCCUUCGAGACCAAGCCCGAGUUUGAGAGACGCUCGUCCAGCAUCGCUGUGCUGCGCAUGAAGGCCAAGGAGCACACGGCCAACAUCUCCUGGGCCAUGUGAUCCUGGAGAAAAAGUUUGGAUAAUGCUUUUAGAAAAAAUGUGUGGAUUGCCCUAAGAGUCUGAAAUGAUAUUUAAAAAGUAACUCAGUAAAAAAAAUAUAUCAACAAUUUCUUUGUCAUCUACAGAUUAGAUGUCGCUUCUCUGUUGUCUUGAGUGAUGUGGACAAUUUUUUUAGCAAAUCACACUGCCCUGCUAAUUAGAUCCGCAUCGUCGCGUGUAACGCAUAGCCAGAUUUUUAUCUAUCCAGUCGCGAGAAGACGAGCAGCACGAGUGGACAGAUUUUCUGCAUAAUCCUGACAGUUGAAACAGCCGUAAUGGUUUGUGACAGAUAAUCAGCAGCAUCUUUGCUGUAAGGCAGG